AUGGAUUCAUGGGUGGUGCUCCUCCUCCUCCAGCGUGGCUACACCGUCCACGCCACCCUAUACUAUCCGAUUGCAAAGACUCUGGCAGAAAAAGCAGGUUGGGAGUUUGCAAAGGAGACAGGUUUUGAUGUUGGCACAGCAUUGGGCCCUCUCCUUCCACCAACCAUCAAUUCAAGCAUGGGUGUGCUGGUGGGAAAGAGACAUAGGAAGAUUUUUCUGGCACACAUUUUGGCACUUGAGAACAAGAAAGCAUCAGGAAGACACUUGUGUGGAAUCUAUUCGUCACUUUAG